CAAAUAAGGGCACGAGGAGAGGCGAGCGCUUCGUCCGAUGUCCUUCCUGUCGGCUGAAAAGACGAGUUAAACUGCGGCAGCCACUUCCCCUCAAGCCGUGAGAAGAGAGCGGUCCUCAGAGCAUCAGACGUCCCUUCACACUAUCGCAGGGAACCAGCACAGCCUCCCUCAGAGGUAAAGCAGAGUGCGUCCACAUGGCCGGCCUGCGCUGGGUGGUCGUGGCGCUGACCUUCGUCCUGUCAGCUGGAGGCGGUUCGGCUGCUGUGGACCAGAACUGGCUCACAAGUAUCAUCGACGGCAUCAAGAAGGAGUACGCGCUCCGCGGCGCCUUCAGCCUGGCUGUGAGCGUCCAGCAGGACCAGGACGUGAACGACCUCCAGCAGAUCUUCCAGGACGACCCGGCGGACCGAGUGACAGAAGGCGUCUCCGGCGGUGACGUGUACCGGGGCGCCCGGGUGGUGGCGGCCGGCCGAUCGGCGGCGCUGUCGCGGGUGCUCGAUGACGUCCAGACCCUCGCGAGCAGCAGCCGGGGCGGUUUCCUCGUCAUCUACUCCGACCGCUCCCCGUGUGAUCCCGCAGACCCGAGCGGCCUCGCCGGCAAGGUCGACGUGGUGCGCCGGUGGUCCGGUUACGCCUUCGUGUUUUCCGAAGCCGACCGCGCCGCCGGAUCCCUCCAGUGCCCCGCGGUCUCUAAACUGGGGCUCGACAACAUCUUCCGCUGCUACGAACCCGCAGGCGACGCGUUGCGCUGCGACAGCUGCGCAGAGGGCGCAGAGGGCUCGUGCGCGCAGAACCAGGCCUCGUCCGCGGGAGGCGAGGUGGCGGGUCCGCGCUCGCUGACGGGUACCGACGACGAGGCGGCAUCGGGUGGGGAAGUGGGUGGAGGUGGAGGCCCAGACGACGCCGUGGCCUCGCCUGAAGGAUCCGACAGAGGAAGGAAGGAAGGAAAGGUUGCGAAGCAAUGCAAGCGUAAAGGAUGCGACAAGCGUAAGAAAGGCGGCGUGAGUAGGAAGACCCGCAAAGGGAGGAGAGGCGCGGCGCGCGGGGAGCCUCCACGAGGCCGCAAAGGUAAAGGAGGGCGGGGGGGUAGGAACGAGGUUAAGCUGUAG